GAUAAAGAUCUGCGCAUCAGCACUACUCAUGCGAGACUGAUAACUUGGUGUUCAUUUACUUUCAAAUUAUUAGUAAGGGACAGUCUAUCGGAAUUUAAUUCAGAAGUGACUACACUAAUGUAAAUAAAUGAUGAUAAAAUGAAUGUACCUAUGAAUGACAUUAGUCACCAUGAUUAUAAAUUCAAUGUAGCCUUUAAACUACGACUUGCGCGAUUCAAAAACGCAUAUGAACAGGGUAGCAAUAUAAUAGAUAAACUUGGGAUUUUAGUGAAAGGCAGCCUAUAUUUCUUAAGUAAACAGAAGCGAAGAGAAGGUUGUUUCAGGUAACAACAUAGCUGUUAUAUUAGUGGGGGGAGGGAGGAGCCAGGGACUCGCAGGCUGAGACGCGGGAUAGAGUUACACCGGGCAGCGCAAGGAAGGAUCGGCAGCAGCGCUCGCUUUCUUUCACGGAGUCCGGAAAAACUCAGGGAGGCGAAUGACAAAUAGAGAGUGGGGAUCUCUCCUGGGGCAGGGCACGGCACCCCACAGCCACGCUUCUUUCGGGGGGGGACAUCGCUAAUGCGCGGAAGACUGCUGCACGGGGUCAAGGCGAAAAGACGCAGGCUUUCUCUCCGCCUGCCCUCAGGAGUGCGCACCAGCGGCCGGCCGUAGACUCUGUUCAAGACGCAAGCAAUGAUGCCAUCUGCGAAAGGACCAUUCCCAUUCAAAUAUCAGUUUAAAUUCACAAAGUGCCAUGCACCAUUUACUGAAUGCACCGGAGACUGCAGACAAAUGUUAAUUAUUUAUUAAGAAACAGUCAAUUCUUGAGCACUCCAGCUUAACAUAGGAAUCUCAUAAAGUUGUUAUUAAUAAAGUCAAAGAGCCAUAUUUAUAUUUUUUCAGUCUGUAUAAAUAUAUACAGCAAUGAAGAUCAUUCACUGGAAAAUACUACUAAAGCAGCAUUUGUUUGAGUAUUUAUUUUAAUUGUAGUGCUGGCGGUGCAGUGAAAAUAGUGCGCUGAUAUUGCCAAUUUUCAGUUGGGGUCACAUGAGUUCUUUAGUGGUCAGAAUAGCCACUUCCUGAGAGUGUGUCCCCUUUGGUGUGUCAGGCCUUAUUAAAAACGAGCCGAAAUAUCGAGCAGUUCGGCUGAACGAACUUCCUGCCCUGCCGAAGCCUGGCAAGCCCUUCGCUGCCGCUGGCUCAGAUGAUGGACGGAUGUUUUCGGUAACCUGACAGGAAGUGACUGACAGAUCCAAGGACUGUGACUGGAGAACUAUCACUGAGUCAGGAGGGAACCCUAAACAGCUGGGAUCACUAAGGACGGUGUGGAGUGCGGCUCCUCCCCCCCGUCAGAAUGGGGAGAGGGAGGGAGAGAACGUUUCAUCAGAAGUGUAACGGAGCCAGUAGUGACAGCCAGAAAUAAAUACUGUAAAGCCUCAUUACACGGCCCUGGAGAAUUCUGAAUAAACAGAAUCCAUACUGUUUAGCCGAAACACACAUUGAUGAUUUACUGACCAUGAUUUUACUGUAUUUAGCGUGACUUAAUGGGGGCCUGAGACAAUAUUUUAAUCUUUUUUUAAUUUUCAGAUAAACCUUCCUUAGAAAUAUAUUUAUUUUGCAUUUUGUGAUUAGCUGGAAUCAGUGCCUGGCUGUAGAUGUAAGCAGGACCUGCUUCAGCCUCAUCGCUGCCAUGCGGAAUCCUCCUCCACUCCCAGCAGCAUGUGUGCAGUGGCCCUGAUGUAGCAGUCGUGCACCAUGUUGAGGAGGGGACUUGUCACCUGGGUGUCCCGCCUGGCCCUGGCGCUGGUGGUGGUGUGCUGCUGCCUGUCCCUGCUCUACACGCUAGCCUGCAGCCCGUGGUCCGACGAGGCCCAGGUGCUGCUGCCCCGGGCCAAUGGCCCUACAGGCAAGGAGGGCUUUCAGGCGCUGCUGCAGGAGCGAGAAGAGCAGCACCGCCACUACGUGAACAGCCUGAAGAAGCAGAUCUCCCAGCUGAAGGAGGCCCUACAGGAGCGUAGCGAGCAGCUUAGAAGCAUGCAGGACUCGCGUGAGCGUGCAGCUGGGGUGUCCCCGGUGGACCUCCUGGACGGCACGUCAGAGUGGAGCCACGCCGACCUCCAGGAGUUCUUCCGGAGCCAGCUGAACCGGGCCGAGGUCCACCAGGGCACCAAGCUGCCCAGCGAGUACGCCGUGGUGCCCUUCGAGAGCUUCACCCUGCAGAAGGUCUACCAGCUGGAGAUGGGCCUCACCCGGCACCCGGAGGAGAAGCCUGUCCGCAAGGACCGCCGUGACGAGCUCAGCGAGACCAUAGAGAUGGCUCUGCAGGUCCUGAACUCUCCGAGGGAGGGCAGCAACCUCCUGCCACACAAGGCCUACUCAACGGCAGACUUCGUGGAAGGGAUCUCCCGGACCGAGAAGGACAAGGGCACGCUGUAUGAGCUCACCUUCAGGCGUGACCAGAGCCACGAGUUCAGAAGGCUGCUGUUCUUCCGGCCGUUCGGUCCGCUGAUGAAAGUGAAAAAUGAGAAGGUGGACACGGCCUACACACUUAUCAAUAUCAUCGUGCCCCUGGCCAAGCGGGCAGACAAGUUCCGGCAGUUCAUGCACAACUUCAGGGAGGUGUGCAUUCGUCGGGAUGGAAGGGUCCACCUCACCGUGGUGUACUUCGGCAAGGAUCAAGUCAGCGAGGUGAAGGGAAUCCUGGAAAACACAUCCAAGGAGAUCAAUUUCAGGAACUUCACGCUGAUCCAGCUGAAUGAGGAGUUUUCUCGAGGACGCGGCCUGGAUGUUGGUGCUCGGGCAUGGAAGGGGAAUAACAUCCUCCUGUUCUUCUGUGAUGUGGACAUUUAUUUCACAUCAGACUUCCUCAAUUCCUGUAGGCUGAAUGCACAGCCCGGGAAAAAGGUUUUCUAUCCAAUUCUAUUCAGCCAGUACAAUCCAGGACUCAUUUAUGGGCAUCAUGAUAAUGUUCCACCUAUAGAACAACAGCUGGUAAUAAAAAAGGACACCGGAUUCUGGAGAGAUUUCGGGUUCGGGAUGACUUGCCAGUACAGGUCAGAUUUCAUCAAUAUAGGUGGUUUUGACGUGGAUAUCAAGGGCUGGGGUGGCGAGGACGUGCACCUGUACAGGAAGUACCUGCACAGCAACCUGCUGGUGGUGCGCGCCCCCUCACGCAGCCUCUUCCACCUGUGGCACGAGAAGCGCUGCGAAGACGAGCUGCCGCCAGAGCAGUACAAGAUGUGCAUGCAGUCGAAGGCCAUGAACGAGGCCUCCCACAGCCAGCUGGGAAUGCUCUUCUUCCGCCACGAGAUCGAGGCUCACCUGCGCAAGCAGAAGCACAGAGCUGCCGGCAAGAAGGCGUGACAGGAUCAGGGGGCACAGAAGCCAAGGAGCGGGAGAAGAGGGCAGGUGAAACAGGGGAGCAGGCAGAGAUUCUCAUUUUUUAAUUCCAUUUGAAACACAGCCUUUGUUCUCGCCAUGGAUCUUUCAAUUAUGAGACUGCAGCUUUAUUACAUUUUAGAAGAUGCCUGAUGGCUGACUAGACAGAUGGCCGAAGAUAAUAACUUCCUAUGCUGAUAUGAAGCCUCGGAGUUAAAGCCGUUAUUUUACGUUGACUUUCAAGGCACAAAUUAUCAGGGAUCCCAAUCAUCUCUCUUCCAUUCAUUAUUUUUUGCUAGUUUGUCCUAUUUAUUGAUAAUUGCAUACAAUUUAUAUUCCCUUCACAGUGGAGGGUGUUACAUAUGCAGUUUGCCAAGAAGCAAUUAGCACAACAAACCGCGUCAUUUUUUUUUUUACCAAAAUGCCAUUAUGAACUGAGGGAUAUCUCACUGGGAUCAUUUUUCUUUGUUCUCGUCUUUUUGGCUCUUUCAGAUAUAUGCUUUUUAUGUUAAACACCACAGGAAGAUCCUAAUAUUCUUUUUUGUUAAAUUUUGACAAGCAUCCAUCAAAAGAAAUGUCAACAUCCUAUACGUAUCUUCCAGAAAAACGGUGGAUGUACUGACUGAUUAUCCCUGGUAAAGUCAUUUGAGCUGUUCCUGAGACUUUUGGUACAGUGUCAUUGCCAGAUGUCCUGGACUUCCUGUCAGAACGUCACCUUGGGCCCCCGGCCAAAUUUACUUACAGUUUUACAUAUUCCAGGGCCCCUGUAAAAUGCUGGGCCCCAAUCUGCCAGGAUAUCCGUGCCCAUCCGUGCCCAUCCGACGCCCUGCUUUGGCAUGACUGCAGCGUGCUGCUUACUCAAACACACAAUGUCCGCAGCAAUCGCAUUGGAUGAAAGUGGCUUUUUGGAACGUUCCAUAGGUAUGACUGCCUUAAGACAUAAAUCCUUAAGGACAGUAUUUUUCUAUGUUUUCUACAAACUUUUUUGUAUUGCAAAUGUUCUUUACACCUUUGUGUAUUUUCAUGAUGAAUGUACAAAAAAAUCAAGCAAUGAUGAACUUAUUUUAGUUGGAAAGUUGCUCUGAGCCGUGUCCUUGACAUGUUUUUUCCUUAAUAAUUUUGCAGUAAUUAACUGCAGGCAAGUCCCACUUGAAAGUUUCAGCUUUCAGAAGUGACUGAUGUGAAUAUUAAUGGAUAUUAUGUGUAAGAGGCCAAAAAGAGUCUACAUUUUUCAGACAUAAUAUUUUUUAAGUAAAGAAUAGAUUACGUAUAUAAAUGGCUGGGCAGGAGAAGCUACAGUAUAUUUAUCUCUUUAUUGGAAAAAAACAGACCCUUUUCUUCUUUGAAAAGACAUAUUUGAAAAUCAUAAAUAUACAUGAAAUGACAUAAUCUUAGCAAGUCUGUUCACAUUACAUUUGUGUUCACUUGCAGUUCAUUUUGAGUAGGAGUCUUUAAUGUUUCAUGUGUCAGGUUUGUUAUUUAUUUGCUGUUUUUGGCUGCCCGCUUGUAUGAGCUGUAUUGUUUUUAGUUUGAAAUGCCAUUUGAGUAAUGGAUAGGAAUUGGUCGCGAUUUGCUGUUCCAUUCCUUACUGCUGUGAAGUCAACUGUCACAAAUAAGUGCACUUUGCGUGUUUCAUAAGAUAAUUAUAGACCGUUUCUAAUGCUGAUGAACAUGACAUUUCCAAAAUCUUGGAUGCACCAGUUGUGACAUUUAUCCCUAUAUUUUUUUUCAGAUUUGCAGUUUUAUUUUUAUUUAUUUUGAUUAUAUUAACUAAAAUGAGUACAAUAUUAAGCUUACAAAUCACAAUAACCUGACAUUUUUUUAUUAUUAAAUAUAUAUUAAAGUAAUGUGCUGAAAUAUGACCAUUUACUGUUGUUUUUAUAUUUCGGAAGUAUGUUUUUGCGAUUGGUCACUCAAAUUUCUUAAUUCAUAAUAUAAGAAAUUACAUGUACAAUUAAACUAUAAAGCAAUUAGAAAUAAGUUAAAUUAAAACUAUGAGUGCUCAAGAUGGCUGUUGAAAAUAAAAUGAAAGGGAAAUUGUUUUGAAUUGAA